GCAAAAGACACUCUAAAGAGAAAAACAGAGAUCUACCAGCGAAGCAAAGCCAUGGGAUGAGAGAGAGAGUGUGUGUGUGUGUGAGAAAACGAAAGCUAUUGAGCCCUUUUUCUCACAGGAGCUACUUUUAUUGAUUUUCCAUCUAAUUUUCAUUAUCUGUUUUUCCUUUUCCGGGUUUAUACAAUAGUUUACUGAAAGCCCAGACCGCAGUUUUUGGUACCUGUACAGUUUUGGGGAGUUGAGGUCUGUUAAUCAGGUUUAAUCUAAGUGUAUCCAAGGCAACAGAGAGCAAUUUCUGCUACCUGCUUAGUUUUUGGGACUUGAAUUUCAUUCAUCAGAUUAUCGAUUUUCAGUGCAAGACUAGAUAAAAUAGACAAGGAGGGUCAGGUAGGAAAAUCCAAUUCUGAGCAUCACUGCUGAAUUGGCACGAACUCUCUGGUGGACAAACACUUUGGGUGGUUACAACAGAAUUCUGUGGCAUUAGUUGGAACCAUGGCUACCAUUUCGCACACGAAUUCUAGACGGAUGUACUCUUGGUGGUGGGACAGUCAUAUUAGCCCCAAAAAUUCCAAAUGGCUUCAGGAAAAUCUUACUGAUAUGGAUGCCAAAGUCAAAUCAAUGAUAAAGCUCAUAGAAGAAGAUGCUGAUUCCUUUGCAAAGAGGGCAGAGAUGUAUUAUAAGAAACGUCCAGAGCUCAUGAAAUUGGUAGAAGAGUUCUACCGUGCAUAUCGUGCACUGGCUGAAAGAUAUGAUCACGCAACUGGAGUAAUUCGUCAUGCCCACCGGACUAUGGCAGAAGCUUUUCCUAACCAAGUUUCCCUUAUGCUUGAUGAUUCACCCGCAAAUUCUGCUUCUGGGCCUGAUCAUCAAACACCUGAGAUGUCCACCCCUGUACGGGCGUUCUUUGAGCCUGACGAAUUGCAAAAUGAGGCGCUUGGGCUGUCAGCUUUGCAUUCCAAUGGUGCUAAGAGGAAUGGCACAUUAACUGAGGAUGGCAGGGUGAGAAAGAGCCUCCAGUUUCUUGAGGCAGAGGAGAAAGAAAAAAAUGUACUAAGCAGUGACAACCAAAGUCACAAAAGCCAACUGCUGUCUGAGCAGAAUCAAGUGCAUGAAUCUGAGGAGAUUCUAAGCUUGAAGAAAGCUCUUGUCAAAGUAGAAGAAGAGAAGGAAGCUGGCCUUAUGCAGUACCAACAGAGUUUGGAGAAAUUGUCAAUGCUGGAAUCUGAAAGAGCAUGUGCCCACGAAGAUUCCAAGGGACUCAGUGAACAGGCAAGCCAAGCUCAAGCUCAAGCUGCAACAUUGAAGGAAGCCCUCACUAAGUUAGAAACUGAAAAAGAGGCUAAUCUUUUGCAGUACCGCCAGUGCUUAGACAGGAUAUCUGAUCUGGAGAAAACCAUCUCUCGUGCCCAAGAGGAUGCUGAGGAACAUAAUCAGAGAGUUAAUAAGGCUGAAAUUGAAGCUCAAUCACUUAAAGAUGAACUCACCAAGGUGUCUGCUGAAAAAGAUGCUGCACUUGACCAAUACAUGAGUUCUCUGGAGAUGAUAUCGAACCUGGAGCACAAAUUACAAUGUACUGAAGAGGACAUCAGAAAGUUGGAGCAGCGAGCUGAGAAGGCUGAAAAUGAGGUCGAAACACUGAAGCGAGCUAUUUCCAGCUUGACUCAGGAGAAGGAAGCUGCAGAGGUUCAGUAUCACCAGUGCUUGGAAACUAUUUCUAGUUUAGAGCGUAAUCUCUCUUCUGCUCAGGAGGAGGCUAAACGUCUGAACGUUGAGAUAGAGACUGGAAUUGCCAACUUAAAGGGUGCUGAGGAGCAAUGCCUCCUUUUAGAAAGAUCAAAUCACUCUCUGCAGUCUGAGGUGGAAGUCUUGAUGCUCAAGAUGGGUAAUCAAAGUCAAGAACUUACAGAAAAGCAGAAGGAACUGGGAAGACUUUGGACUUGUAUACAAGAAGAGCGCUUGCGUUUUGUGGAGGCUGAAACUGCUUUCCAGACACUGCAGCAUUUGCAUGCCCAAGCACAGGAAGAACUUCGAUCUUUAUCCUCAGAGCUCCAGAAUAAGGUUCAAAAUCUGAGGGAAAUGGAAACUCAUAAUGAGAGGUUGCAUGAAGAAGUUCUGAAGGUGAAGGAGGAGAAUAAAAGCCUCAAUGAGCUGAGAGUUUCUUCAGCAAUUACAAUAAAAGAUUUGCAGAAUGAGAUAUCUAGCUUAACUGAAACUAAAGGGAAACUCGAGGAAGAGGUUGAGCUUCGACUGGACCAAAGAAAUGCUCUUCAGCAAGAAAUCUACUGUCUAAAAGAAGAACUAAAUGACUUCAAUAAAAAACACUCGUCCAUCGUGGAGCAGGUACAUGCAGUAGGACUGCAUGCAGAUUCAUUUGGAACAUCAGUGAAGGAAUUGCAGGAUGAGAACUCAAAUCUGAAAGACUCCUGCCAGAGGGAAAGAAGUGAGAAGUUAGCUCUUUUGGAAGAACUGGAAAUUCUGGAACAGCUUCUUGAGAAAAAUUCCAUUUUGGAGAAUUCUCUAGCAGAUUUAAAUGCUGAACUGGAAGCUGUUAGGCACAAGAUAACAGCUCUAGAAGAAUCUUGCCAAUCUCUUUUGGAGGAGAAAUCAGCUCUUCUUGAUGACAAGGCAUCAUUACAAGCUCAGCUGCAGGAUGCAAAUCAAAGUUUGGAAAAUCUCUCAGAGAAGAACACUUUUCUAGAGAAUUCCCUGUCUGAUGCUCUUGAUGAACUUCAAGGUUUGAAGACAAAAUCAAGGAGCUUAGAAGAGUCCUGCCAGUUGCUAGUUGAUGAGAAGGCUAGAGUUGUCGCUGAAAAGGAUGUUUUGACUUCUCAACUUGAAAGCACCAAUAUGAGACUAGACAAUCUAGAGAGAAGAUAUGUAGAACUGGGAGAACAGUACUCAGAUCUGGAGAAGGAGAAAGAAUCAUCAGAUUGUAAGUUACAAGAAUUACAGAUUUCUUUGGAUGUACAAAAGCAAGAACAUGCUAGUUUCACCCAUACAAGGGAGAUGCAGUUGGCUUGUUUGGAAAGUGACAGGAGUCUCUUGCAAGAGGAGAUACAUUCCAGUAAGAGAGAAUUCAACAAGGAGCUGGAUAACUCCUUUCAUUCCCACAUUGAAGUCUUUAUCUUAAGAAAAUGUGCUAGGGACCUAGAAGAAAAAAAUUUCUGCCUGUCAGCCAAGAAUCAGAAACUCUUUGAGACAUCUAUAUCAUUGGAGAAGAUGCUUUAUGAGUUAAAGAAAGAUAAUCUUAGCCAAAAAGCUAAGAUUAUCUCCUUGUCUGAUGAAGGCUGCACUCUGAGGAAGGGGAUAUUCCAGUUGCUCAAGGCUCUUGACAUUGUUCCAAUCCAUGAUAGUAGCAAUAGGAGUGGGCAAGACCAAACUUUUCUGAAUCACAUUCUAAGCAAGCUUGAAGGUGCCAAAAAAUCUAUGUAUGAAACUGAAGAAGAAAAUCUGCGACGGUCUGUAGAGUUGUCAGUUCUUGUUGCAAUGAUUGGACAACUAAGGAUUGAUGCACAAAAUCUUGAGUUGGAGAAAUGCAUCAAUGCCCAGGAGUCAAGGAUCAGACAUGAGCAGCUGUUUUCUUUGCAGAAUGAGGCCCUCAAGCUGCAUGAGAUGAAUGAAGAACUAAGAACACAACUAAUAGAGGGAGAUCACAAACAGGAAUCCUUACUAACUAAAGUUUCAGAUUUACAGAAGAAGUUGCAGGAUUUACGAGGGUCUUACCUUGAUUUGCAGAGUGAAAAUUCAAAAACUCGUGAGGAGAAAGGAUCCUUAACAAAGGAGUUCUUAUUGCUGGGGGAAAAAAACGGUACACUGGAAGAGGAAAACUCUGUUGUCUGCAGGGAAAUGCUAUAUCUGGGUCACCUUUCUUCCUUCUUCAGGAGCUGUGUGGAUGAU